AUGAACCAAACACCUUCCAGUCUUUCCCACUCUCCUACACUCUCCUCUCUUCACCACCACCACCACCACCACAACCAAAGUUCUUUGAAUUCAGGCUCUUCUUCUUCUUCACAUUCAUUUCUGUGUUCUGCUUCACUUGCAAUCAUUCCCUUUGCCACGAGAUCACUGGCUGUUAAACUUUUUCGCCAUUUCCGCUGUGCCCAUUUGCUCAGAGUCCACUGUCGCUUGCUUAUCCUCCUUUCAGUGCCUUCCCUUUACUUCAUCACAAGUCCUCGCCGGUCUUUCCUUCUUGAUUUCCUCUCUGUAAUCGCUUUCUCGGCAGCCCUUUUGAUUUCUCUGAAUAUUGCACUUCCUCGUUUUGUUUCAAUUCGCUUGUUUCUUUCCCGCUCUUUGCCAAUUAAGCUUUGUUCAUCUUCUUGCGUCUCUAAGCCCCCUCAGCCUGUUCUUUGGUCAAUUGGGCCGAAGCCAAAAUUGGAGAAAAGGCCAAAUUCUGGGUCUUGGGUGCAGGUUUAUAGUAAUAAGGAUGUGUAUGAGGGUGAAUUUGAUAGAGGAAAGUGUUCAGGAAGUGGGGUUUAUUACUAUCAUAUGAGUGGGAGGUAUGAAGGUGAUUGGAUAGAUGAGAAGUAUGAUGGUUAUGGUGUGGAGACUUGGGCAAGAGGAAGCCGGUAUCGUGGACAGUAUAGGCAGGGGUUAAGGCAUGGGAUUGGGGUUUAUAGAUUCUUCACUGGUGAUGUUUAUGCUGGAGAGUGGUCUAAUGGGCAGUGCCAUGGGUGUGGAAUACUUACGUGUGAGGACGGGAGCCGGUAUGUUGGGGAGUUCAAGUGGGGUGUCAAGCAUGGACUAGGCCAUUAUCAUUUCAGAAAUGGGGAUAGGUAUGCUGGGGAAUAUUUUGCUGACAAGAUGCACGGUUUUGGAGUAUAUCAGUUUGGGAAUGGGCACCGGUAUGAAGGAGCCUGGCACGAAGGAAGAAAGCAGGGACUUGGUAUGUACACUUUCAGAAGUGGGGAAACACAAUCUGGGCAUUGGCAAAAUGGGGUUCUAGAUAUUCCCAGUGUGCAAAAUACCCAUCCUGGAUCUCCCCGUGCUGUCAACCAUGCCAGAGUGCUUAAUGCAGUCCAGGAAGCACAGAGAGCUGCUGAGAGAGCAUAUGAAGUGGCCAAAGUGGAUGAAAGGGUGAGGAAAGCCGUAGCAAUAGCUAAUAAAGCAGCAAAUGCUGCAAGAGUUGCAGCUGUAAAGGCUGUGCAGAAACAGAUACACCCAUUACAACAAUGA